AUGGCGGCGGCGGAGAGGGCGGGGUGGAUGGACAACCAGGCGAGCGAGGCGCUGAGGGAGACGAUCGAGAAGGAGAAGAAGAUUACGCAGGAGCACAUGCGGAGGCAGCAGGAGGCUGGAAAGGUCCCCGCGACGCCCGAGCUGGAGGCGCGCCUGGCCACCGCGACGGCCUCGCUCUCGCCGAAGAAGAAUCUCGGCGGCGACGUGCUCGCCAAGGAGCCGGAGAUACCUGCAGCGCUGAGGACGCUCAAGGAGAACCCGGAGCUCGGCGUGAUGUCGGAGCUGAGCGUGAGCAUGUGGAAGGGGUGCAACUCGGCCUACUGCUUCCGGGACCCCGCGGAAAUGCGCAGCGUGGCCAAGGACGACUACAAGUGGGACGAGGAGGAGAUCGCGUUCAUGAAGGAGGAGGGGCUGCUGGACAAGACGCACAACCGCAGGCGGGACAAGUUCACGCAGUACGUGGAGGCUGCGGCCAUCCACAACAAGAUGAUGAAACAGAGCCAGAGCUGA